AUGAGGAAGACGUGUCAGGUGUGCAAACAGAAGCUGUAUCAGUAUGUGUGUCCCUCCUGCGAAAUCGUGUAUUGCAGUCUCGAAUGCUACAAAAAGCACAAUGACGAGUGCGUGCACAAUUUUCUGGAGAACCAAGUGAAAGAGAAUAUAAAAAAUAAUCAGCUGACCGAUUUGGAGAAACGAGAGUUCAAAUUCAAGCUGAAGAAGUUUUACGACCAAGGCUGGGGGGACGCAGAAGAGGAAGACAAGCAGGAUGGGGAGGAAGCAGGAAUUACUGAUGAGGAAGAGGAGGGAGCCGCUGAUGAGGAAGAAGAGGAAGUCGCUUAUGAGGAAGGAAAGGAAGCCGCUCAUCAGGAGGGGGAGGUAGAACCGAACGAAACGCCGCUAAACACUCCUCUCGCCGCUCAUCAGGAAGGGCACCUGAAAAAAUGGUGCAUUAGCAACAAACGGUACAAGGUGCUGACGGAGCUGGCCAAGACGGACCAGCUCAAGUUGGAUCACCUCACGCAAACGGAGCAGAAGCAGUUCUUCUCAUUCCUAAAGAGUAACGACAUGAAUGCAUAUUUGGCAAAAUUCCAACCCUGGUGGCUAAACUGUGUAAUCAAGAAGGUCCCCACACCUCAACACAUAUGCUGCAAUAAACGUGUGAGUGAGGAAGUGAAGUUUAUGGUAAUCGAAAUUGUCUACUCCUACUGCUAUUUGCUACGAAUUUUUAAUGAAAGCCUUGACGGUAAAGAAGUAUGUUACUGUUUUCUUUACAUGGCUAACUCUCUGAACAGGUUUAAUCUGCCCGAAAGCAACGUAUACAGCACAGUGAAUAAUUUAUUUGAGAGGAUCCUCGAAAAUGAUGAGAUCGCUCGAGAGAAAGGUAUCCUGUACAAUGUCGUGACGGAUGUUACCAUUAUCUUAAAGCUAAAGGAUCUGUUACUUAGGUGUCUGUAUGAGACGAAGAAGUUUUUUAAAAAGCAAAUCAAGAAGAUGAAUUGUAGAAAGGAGAAAAUAGCUACUACUAGUAGUAACAGUCUCAGUGGCGUUAAAAAACUGGCUGCACUUUUACAGGAAGAAAAACAUUUUAAAUAUGUGAACAAGAAAAUCACCUUCCUUUGUAGCUACGCCAAUUACCAUUAUGAUAUGUUUGACUCCGUGACGAAGCAACUUGACCGAUUCUACAGUGAGCAGAGCAGGGGGAUGUCUCUUCCAUCUAAUGAGAAACGAGAAAUUGUACUCUCCAAGGAGACACCCUAA